AUGACGGGAGUUAUAGGCAAAAAGAAAAGAUGGCGCCGACACCCGGCACCGCCCCUGAAGCCCCGAUCUCCAGCGGUGAUUGGCUGCGAGCGCGCGGCCGCCGGCCCCGAGCCGCCGCUGUCCCGUCCCAAGGAGCGAACGCCUGGGGAUGCCCGGCCCGGGGCGGUUGAGGGGCGCUCGGGGGCCGUUCCUGGCCCCGGGCCGAGCGCUGACAGCCGCGUCUCGCCGGCAGGGAAGGCGCAGCACGGCCUCAAGGAGCAGUACCGAGUGGGGUCGCUCCUGGGGCGCGGCGGCUUCGGCAGCGUCUUCGCGGCGACGCGGCUCUCGGACGGCGCCCCGGUGGCCAUCAAAAGGGUGCCACGGAACCGCGUCCGGCACUGGGACCAGCUGCCCGACGGCACCAGCGCACCACUGGAGAUCGUGCUGCUGCACAAGGUCUCCACUGGCUUCCCUGGUGUCGCCCAGCUGCUGGAGUGGCUUGAGCUCCCCAACGACAUCAUCAUGGUGCUGGAGCGCCCGGAACGAUGUCAGGACCUCUGGCAUUUCAUUCGGGCACGGGGGUUCCUGUCCGAGGAGGUGGCGCGGGAGCUGUUCCGCCAGGUGCUGGAGGCCGUGCAGCACUGCACCAGCUGCGGGGUCCUGCACAGGGACAUCAAACCAGGGAACAUCCUGGUUGACCUGGCCACCGGGCAGGCCAAAUUGAUCGACUUCGGCUGUGGCACCUACCUGCAAGACACGGCCUACACUCACUUUGCAGGAACACCGUCAUACAGUCCCCCGGAAUGGACCCACUUUGGCUGGUACUAUGGCAAGCCAGCUACCAUCUGGUCCCUGGGCAUCCUGCUGCACCAGAUGGUCUGCGGGGAGCACCCUUUCAGGAAGGGCCAGAACAUCAGCUGGGACCAUCAGCUCUUGCUGCCAGAACGGCUCUCUCAAGAGUGCCAAGAUCUGAUCAGGAGGUGUUUAACCAUGCUAGACGUGGACAGGCCUUCAUUAGAAGACCUCUUCUGUGAUCCUUGGAUGCAGGAUAUUCAUCUGCCAUAGAAGAUGGGAGAGAGCCACAGGCACCCUUUGAUGCAGGGCCCUGGGCAAGGAGAAGGAGCCCCUGGAGGAGCUGUACCAGGUGGGGCUGCUGCUGCUGGAGACAGCGAGGAUGACAUCAAGGAUGACAAGCUCUUCCUCGACCUGGCCAGCACAAAGCUGAAGUUGAUGGACUUUGAUUCUGCCACCUUCUUCAAAGCCAGGCUCCACAGUGAAUUUGCAGAUGAGUCCACACACAGGGGGAUGCUCCCAGAUUUGGGCAUUGCACAGCCUGGCCAGGAACCAAAGGUUCCCCCUUUGCUGGGGCUGAUGCAACUGAUUCUU